GGUAUUGUGUAGCAGAUCUAUUUUAAGUGGCUUGUGUAGUAGAAAGAUCAUGGGGCAUAAUCACCUGUGUUACUACAGCAUAUUAACUCUAAACCUUUUGGCAACUUCCAAAUCAGCCCUAGGCGCCUGCCAAUCGGAUCAGAUUUACUACAUUAAGCAUCUAUAUUCAGGCCUUACCGUAGAUGCUUCCAACACCACAAUUUUAACUAUCGAGGUAUUUGAUGGGUCCGAGAACCAGCAGUUUACAUUUACUUGUGCUUCUCAAGCCCCAGGAAUAUUUUACAUUGUGCAUGCAUCCACCGGAAUGGUACUUGACAUUCUUUCCAACCACAGCCCGCAGUACAUUACUCUAAAUAAUUUAGAAGGUUUUCUGACACAACAAUGGUUUCUUAACGCUGACGGACGGAUUACAAAUAGUGCCGGGACUGGGCGAACACUAGACGUACAUAAGGGAGUGUUCGUUCCAGGAGGAUUACUCAAAAUCUAUCCAGAGAAUGAUACCCCAGCUCAGUAUUUUUUUAUUGAAGAAAAAGUAUAACUUUGGUUUCCAUAAAGUGUGUAGUAAUUAUUACUUGUUUUAUUUUUCUGUGACUGAGAGAACAAAACCACUGACGUACAGCUUACCCCUUUAUAGCCUUGGUGGUUCCUUUUUCAACCUCGUUAUUUAAGAUAAAUACUUAUCUUAUCAUUAGCUACACUACUUGAGGUACUGUCACUAGACCUCAGUGAAGAAAAGUUGCUUUUACCGUUAUUACUAUAACAAGUUAAAAUGAUAAACCUCCACUGCUUGUUAGUUUGUUUUUGUCUGUUAUCAACAAUCGCGACCAAUCGGGCCCAAGAUGAAUGUCACGAAGACAUCCAAUACCGCAUUGCUACCCAAGGUGACAACAAUCUAGUCGUGGAUAUCACCGACUUGGCUAACGUUAAAUUACAACCACUGGACACAGCAAACCAGUUUCAAAUAUUUCAGUUUCGAUGCAGUACCAAAGUAGGGACUUACAAGAUCGUUAAUCCGGCAACUGGGUUGGUGCUUACUUCCCAAUAUGCUACACCCAACUUCAUCAUUGCAUCUAAAGAUGAUGGAUCUUUGUUUCAAGACUGGAUGGUCAGUACGAAAGGGAACAUUGUUAAUGUAGCAAUUUAUGCGCUUUUGUAUCCUGAGGAUGGUCAGAUUGCUGCCGAUGUUAAUUUACAACUAAAGUUGCUCGACUCAUCUGGUGUAGUUUUGCCUGAAAAGUUUGUGUUGGUACCAGUUUGAUUACGUUAAUCAAUUAAUAUAGAUAAUUUGUAACAGACUUAUUUUGAAAUAAAGUACUUGAACUCUAA